UCAGCGCGGGGGAUUUGGACUCGCCGCUGCUGGGGAAGGCGUGAGGCCGCGGUCGGGUGGCGGCGGGCCGCGCCGCCAUGGACCUGGCAGUGCCGGCGCCGGAGCCGCCGUGGCCGGCGAGCCUGUCCCCGCUGAAGGCAGUGGAUAACUUGCUGCGGUGUGGGAUAUGCUUCGAUUACUUCAGCAUUGCCAUGAUCAUCCCACAGUGUUCGCACAACUAUUGUUCCCUUUGUAUACGCAAGUUUUUGUCCUACAAAACUCAGUGCCCAACAUGCUGUGUGGCAGUCUCAGAAUCUGACCUGAAAAAUAACCGGAUGUUAGAUGAACUAGUAAAGAGCUUUAAUUCUGCAAGACAACAGCUGUUCCAGUUGGUCUUGGAUACUCCACUGAUUUCAUCUCCAUUGGCCUGUAGCAGGCAUUUAGCUGGCAAAAGCCACGUCAGGAGUUCUACAUCUUGGCCAGUUUUAAAAGAAGAGGUGCCAGUGAUUGACAGUUUCUUGACAAAGGAAGAAGUUUGCACCUCAACAAAAGCAGAAGGCCUGGCAGGAACAGAUGAGAAGAUUUUGAAAACUGAGGAACACCAUGACCUUUACAGCAGUUCUGCAGAGGUUGAUGGUAAAGACAAUGAAGUGGGAUCACAAGAGAGUCCUGAGCGCACCAAAAGUCAUGAAAAGCCUUCUACGUCUGUGGUAAAAGUAGUCAAGAAAGUGGAUUGUCCUGUUUGUGAGGUUGCUAUUCCAGAAGAAUACAUAAACAAACAUCUGGAUACCUGCUUGACAAGAGAAGAGAAGAAGGACUGCCUCAGAAGUUCUGCUCACAAAAGGAAGCCUAUGUCUAAAGUUGUUUACAACUUGCUCUCUGAUCGUGAUUUGAAAAAGAAACUAAAGGAACAUGGUCUGUCUACCCGUGGGACCCGACAACAGCUGAUUAAAAGACACCAAGAAUUCGUGCACAUGUACAAUGCUCAGUGUGAUUCUCUAAAUCCCAAAUCAGUUGCAGAAGUUGUUAAAGAGCUGGAAAACAAUGAGAAGAUUCGAGUUCAGCUGGAAUUGAAUAAACCUGGUGAAAGUAGCUUGACCUUCACAAAGGACCAGACAGAGGAAGAAAUAGAUGAGAUCCACACGGAUUAUCGAAAGAAACACAGAAGUGAAUUUAAAUUUUUGGUGGAUCAAGUAAAUAAUCGGUGGAAGAAAAGUGGUAAGAGGAAAACAGAAAGUGCUCAAAAGAAAGAAGUCUCUACUGUCAAAGAUUUGCCAGCGGCUGCAGAACAUAGAGAAGAGCAUCAUACAGCUGUUGUCCUUGGAAAAGCCCAGGUACUCAAACCAGAUACUCUCGAUGACAAAAAAAGUGAAUUUCCUUUCUUGGAGGAAGGCCAGAGAUCAGUCUCUCCUACAUUCUCACUGUCAUCUGGAUCAACAAGCAGCUCCAGUUCAGACAUUUUGAGAGAUCUGGAAGAGCCUAAGACAUGUUCAGCAUCCUCUGAUAGCAGCACUUUCAUGGGUCCGAGAGUUAACAAAAGGAAGUCACGUUGGCCUCACGUGCUAGGAAAUGUUCAACUGCUUCCCAAGAACAAGCAGAAGAAGAGCUAGUGCUGCAGUGCUGCAAAGCUUAAAACUAUGCAGAAGGCUUAACGCUGAGAGAUACUUCUUAAUUUUUUUCCAGUUUUCAGUGUAUCUGGGUAACUAGUAAAUGCUGAAUUUACACAUAGCUGUCAUUUAGACUGCCUUAAAAUAACCAGACUGGUGUGCUGAUGAGUUUUGUUUACAGCACUGUGGGCCAUUUAAGUUGUUGGGUAUGAAGUGCUGGAGUCCAGCUGGAGCCUCAGUGAGCUCUUGUGCCACACGCAGCCUUGCUGCUGAAGGAAGUGGCUUUGCAUGUUGUGACUAUUCAUGCUCGCAUCCCAUCCUGCAGGAGCUUGCUCUCCCUGCUUGGAAGCAACCACCGGACAAGUGUUUUGCUUGGGGUCAGGCAGAUGCUGAUGCUCUGGUUCCCUGGCUCAGCCGGGGGGAGGCUUGGGGCAGCUGAGGGAUGGGGCAGACUUUGAGUCCACAGGAAUAUGCUUGUUUUUAAUACAUCCGUGUAAACAUACUCAUUAGUAUGUGUCACUGUUUCAGUUUGAAGUCACGACAUUUGAAAGAAAUGGGAAGGUCAUUGCACAUUCAGUAUUCUAGCUUUAAAAUAAAUAUUAGCAUUCAAAAGUCUCAUCUUUCUUAGAAGAUGAUGGAGCUUUGUAGUGGAAUACAGCAGUGCAAGAGAACUAAAGUACACCUGAACAAGAGUGUACAGCUUGUAAGCAAAAUACAUACCACGCAAAAUGUUCAAAGAUGUUCUCACUGAGCCCUGGAGCUUUGCUCAUAGCCUUUCAUUGGGAACUUUGCAAAGACAGCACAAAAUCUUAUAAGAUUGAGUGUCGUGUGUCUUUUGACUUUGGGCUGUAGCUGUAAUUGGGACCAGACAUUGCACUUUCAAAAAUAUUCCUCCUCAAAUCGUGGUUCCCAGCAAUAUUUUGCUCAGAGCAGGCUAAGUCUGAGGCCCAUAUGAGCUGUAAUAACACCACUGAGGUAAGUGGAUGCAGAGGAGAAAGGGGAAGUGGAUUUGUUUUUUUGGGGUUUUUUUUUUGUACUAAAAGCGAACCUUUUAAAAGAGAGUGAUUAUUGGCUUCUGCUUUUAGGUCUGUCUUUUAAUCAUAGCACUUAAUACAAGACCAAUUGAAACUCUGUGCAGUUCACCAGAGAAGAAUAAAAAUGUUUGUAUGCAUAAUGGUCAAUGGAAUUCAUGUAGACCAGUUUACAUCAGCUGCUGAGCAUCCCUUGGAGGCCUUUAUUCUAGUUUUAAUUAUAAUUGAGUUAGCAGCACUUAAUUUUCUUUAAUGUGGUAAUGAUAUCCAUUGUCAUAGACAGAAAAUAGCCUCAAAAAACUCUGUCAAUACCAAUACUGUGAGCUCUAGCUCUAAGGAAGAGUGUGAGGGUACCUCUAAGGAGGCUGGAGGAGGAACCCACUCUGUUUUGCUCCGUUUACCCAGGUUGUGGUGCUGAGCAGCGCUGGCUGCUGCAGCAGCGACCUGUCACAACCCAGCAUCCUUCCCGCAGCAGCGGGAUCUGAAACAGCAGCAUUGCUGGCUUGGUUUUAGAGCACAAUUACAGUUUUAGGCAGGGGGCUGUAAGGCUGGGAGCUGUUGACAGCUGAUUCAUUGCUCAAUGGCCAACAUGCUAAAGGUCAGCCUGAAAUUGUAGUCUGGGUGCCAUGUACUGCAUGAGGUCCCUGACAAUGCUGGAUCAGCAGGGAAAAUUAGGAUCCUGGAAUACUUAUCUACCUGGGAGCUUUCCUUUUGAGUAUUGUGAAUGGGCAAUAAAUAUGUUGUAUCGAGAGCAUAUACUUCUUGUGUAGCUUUGGAACCAGGUGCCACUCACAGAGUUAAAUUUGUAGUUAAUGACAGUAACUACUGCUGUGGGGUGAAAAUGUAUUUCAAUACCCUAUAAGGAGAAAUAGUCAAAUUUAUUAAGUAAGUAUGGGCUAGAAAGUACUUAGAAAAAUCAAUAUAGAAGGUGAAUAAACCCAUGAAACAUGAAGUACACAUUCUGUGUGUAUUAGUGCUGCAGAAGCUGGUGCAGCCCUUGCGAGCAUCCUCCUGGGUGGCAGGAGCAGAGCAGCGAGCAGCAGCACAGUCCUGACUGUCAUCACGUCUUCAGAAUGUGUCCCCUGACACUUGAGGAACGCAAGAAAAAGCAUUGCCCUUGGAAGCUAUACUCCUUAAUGUAUAAAAAGUCAUAAGCUGUGAAAAUGACUUUUUCCCUUCCAUUCAUUCAAUCAAAUCUUUCUCCAAGCAGAAAGUCAGAGCUUGGUCCCCCUUUGGUGUGCACUUUGAAAGAUUCCCUUCCUGGCAGCCUGGGCAGAAUGUGCAGAGACAUGAACCUUCCUAACAAUGCUUUAAUCUUUUGCACAUUAUUUUCAGUAUAACCCUUUCUGUGGCCAUUUGCAGUGACCUGCUAUCUUCGAUCUGUGGUGACUUCUCCAAAAGAGCAGUUUUCAGUUAAAAUAAAAACCAAAAUGUUUCUGAUUCUAUGA